AUGUCCGGAUUCCAGAAAAUGGAUGACUUCAACGAGGUCCAGAAUUAUACCGUCGAAAUCGGAGACCGACAGCCGCUGGCCGCCGCCUCCCCUACCAACAACGACGACCUGGCUCUUGCUCGCACCGAGACCCGCGACAACGACCUGGAAGACCACCCGGGUCCCCUGAGCCUCAAUCCCGUCGACUGGGUCAGCGCCAUUCGCCAGGACAUCAAGGACUGGUCCUGGGAAAUGACCGAGAGGAAGCGCGUGCUCCUUCGUGCUGUAUUUGGUGAAGGCUUGUGCACCUUCCUCUUCCUGUUCACCGUCGAGGCCACCGUCGUGAACAACUCUCGACAGGAGACGCCUGAGAAUCUGGUCCUUGGCUGCAUCUCCACUGCGUUUGUCUCGGUCGCCCUCAUCUACUCGUUUGCCGAUGUUUCUGGUGCUCACUUCAACCCGGCCGUCACGUUUGCUACCAUCGUGACCGGCAAGGUGUCUGUUCGCAAAGGCCUGGCCUAUAUUGGUAUUCAGCUGCUUGCCGGUAUCAUCGCAACAGCCUAUCUCAUGGCCGUCUUCCCCAAGCCCUACGACAGUGGUUAUCUCAGCACGCCUUUGGCCGUCGUUGUCGAUAUCAACUCUCAGGCCAAGAUCAUCAACGCGUUCUUGAUGGAGACCACUUUGACUUUUAUUUUGGUUUACGUCAUCUUUGCCACUGCCUUCGAUACCGUCGACACCACCAACAGCAUCAAGGUCGCUGGCGACGGCAAAGACACCAACGUGGGCAAGAAUCUGACCAUCUACACUACAUCUGGCAGCAGCAAGGCCGGCUUUGCCCCCGUUGCCAUCGGCUUCACCCUGGGAUUCCUCGGUCUUCUGGGAGGUACUGUCUCGGGUGGAGCCUUCAACCCGGCCAGAGUGUUUGGCCCGGCUCUGCUGACUGGCUCCUGGAACAACCACUGGAUCUACUGGGUCGGCGACUUCCUUGGUGCUGCCCUCGCUGGCUUUGCCCAGAGACAGUUUGCCCAUGAGGCUGUUCAGUCCAGCCACGCCAUCCAAACCAACAAGGCCAAUAAGUAG